AUGUCUGGAAUCAAAAGGUUGGAAGCGAAUCUCACGAUAAUUGGAAACGGCGGCAAUUCUGGAACGAGAGAAUUGAACAAUCAAGAUGGAAAAAAGAAUGAAGAAGAAAUUGCAUGUUAUAGGCACUCUCGUGUGGGACCUCAAAAACCAUUGCUGCCAACUUCAAGAACAUUGAUCUUUACCUUGUUUGUCACCUUCAUAUUCCUCAUUAUUUUUCUUAUUCUCUUAUCUCUCCGUAUCCCUAAACCCAAACACCUCAACUCCAUCACUCAUAUUAACACUCUCAGAAGUGAAGACGAUGACAAUAAGCGUUGGGUUGAAAUCGUAUCGUGGGAGCCUAGAGCGUUUUUAUAUCAUAAUUUUCUGACAAAAGAGGAAUGUGAACAUCUAAUCAAUAUAGCCAAGCCUAGUAUGCAUAAAUCGACUGUUGACGAUGAAACGGGAAAGAGUGUGGACAACAGUGCACGUACAAGCUCUGGAACUUUUAUCAACAGAGGACAUGAUAAAAUUCUGAGGAAUAUUGAGCAAAGAAUUGCUGAUUUUACUUUUAUACCUGUAGAGAAUGGCGAAAGCGUUAAUAUUCUCCAUUAUGAAGUUGGACAAAAGUACGAACCUCAUCCUGAUUUCUUUACAGAUGAGAUUAAUACUAAGAACGGGGGUGAGCGUGUAGCAACAAUGUUGAUGUACCUUUCAAAUGUUGAAGAAGGGGGUGAGACAGUGUUUCCAUUUGCUGAGGGAAAUUUUAGCUCUGUGCCUUGGUGGAAUGAGCUUUCGGAUUGUGGAAAAAAAGGACUUUCAAUUAAGCCAAAGAUGGGUGAUGCAUUACUUUUCUGGAGUAUGAAGCCAGAUGGAACUUUAGAUCCACUGAGUAUGCAUGGUGCUUGUCCAGUGAUUAAGGGUGAUAAAUGGUCAUGUACCAAAUGGAUGCGAGUUGGUAAAUGGUCCAUACCUAAAUAAACAUUAUUGUAGGUUUUUUUUUGUUUUUUUGUUGAGGGGAUUAUUGUAGGUUGGUAUCUCUACACAACAAUAUUUUUUGGAGAGGAAGGUACACACCAAUGUUGUACGCUAUU